UGUCCCUUGACCCGCACCAUACAGGGACAUGUAGCAUCGUGUUAGGAGCCUAGAAUUUGUGCUAAUAUUCUGUCAUACAUUUACCUUUUAUAAAAAGGAAUUCUCUUACUUCCACUAACAUCUUUCCCGGAACACAGACAGGUUAAAAAAUCCUCGCGUUAAGUUAACAUCUCCGCUAAACAAAGGGACCGUUUCUUCGUGAACAUGGUGAACGUUCACAAAGGCGUUCUCGUUGAAUGUGACCCCGCCAUGAAACAGUUCCUCCUUUACCUGGAUGAGACCAUGGCUUUAGGAAGGAAGUUCAUCCUGAAGGACCUCGAUGACACCCACGUUUUCAUCCUGGCAGAGGUGGUCCAAACCCUGCAGGAAAGAGUCGGAGACUUGAUGGACCAGAAUUCCUUUCCCAUCACGCAGAAAUAACCUUUGACCUUUCCUAAGGAUAAUCUUUUUGUUUUGUUUUUUUGAGCUAUGGAAUGACUGGAUUUGUUUCUGACAUGCUUUAAAAAAGAUCAAUAAAUUGGAUUAUGGGUUACAUAUAACUAUCA